CGGCAGGAGGACAGGUGCCCAAUUACGCGCGAAGCUUCGCUGCCCGGGCUCCCCCCUCCCAGCCAGCGCUCAGUGGUUCGCUCCAGUCGGAGCUCUGCUGUUGUUCAUCACCGCCCCACUGGCCGCCGCACAGUCGGAGCCUCAGCCCGGUUACCCAGCGCACACUCAGCCUCACUGCCUGCGCACUGCCCGCUCUUCUCCUCUCGCUUCUGCCUCUUCGAGCGUUUUUGCCUCCUGCGUUGAUCCCCGUUUCUCUGCGUCUCUCCCUCCCAAUCAUUUGUCAGUUGCUUCCUUAGCCCGUCUGUCCAGCAUGUCGCUGAAGGUCCAGACCAGUAAUGUGACCAACAAGACAGACCCAAAGUCCAUCAACUCCCGGGUGUUUAUUGGCAACCUGAACACGGCAGUGGUGAAGAAGUCAGACGUGGAGAGCAUCUUCUCCAAGUACGGCCGGGUGCUGGGCUGCUCCGUGCAUAAGGGCUACGCCUUCGUCCAGUACGCCAGCGAAAGGCACGCCAGGGGGGCCGUGAUUGGGGAGAACGGCAGAGUGCUGGCUGGACAGACACUCGACAUCAACAUGGCAGGAGAACCGAAGCCAAACAGACUGAAAGGCCUGAAGCGAUCAGCAGCUUCUCUCUACAGUGGCUAUGAGUUUGACUAUGAUUACUACAGAGAAGACUUCUAUGACAGGUUAUUUGAGUACCGUGGCAGGGUGUCUCCAGUCCCUCGGGUAGUGCCCGUCAAACGUCCGCGGGUGGCAGUGCCUCUGGUACGACGAGUCAAAUCCCUGCCAGUCAAGUUGCUGGCGCGUAACGCCUCUGUCCUCCCCACCAGCAAUGGCAACAAACAGAGAUCAGUGAAAAGUACAGAGCUUCAGGCGAUCAAGUCAGAGUUGACUCAGAUUAAAGCCAACAUUGAAGCUUUGCUGGGCAGACUGGAGCAGAUCACAGAAGACACACACAUCGCCGCCACAGAGCUGAGGAAGGCAGAGGAGUGUAAAAACGAGGAGGCGUGGCAGGAAGGGGAGGGGUCAAGCUCAGAGCUCGAUGAUGAAGAGGAGCAGAGACAGAACAGCGAAGCCGAGGAGGAGGAGGAAGAAGAAGAGGAAGAGGAAGAGGAGGGAGAGCACAUACAGGACGACACCCACGACCACAUGGAAAACAGUCGCCUGUCAUCAGAGAUGGACUCCCUUCACCCAUGAGAGGUGAGUGCUUU